AAAUAACAAACAUACACUUAACAUUUUAUGAGAAAUGAAAAAUGACUGAUUUAUGGAUUUUAAUUUUGAUCUUCAGCACCAUAUAUUCAGUCCAACCUGGUAGACGCUGGGUUACUGCACAAUCCACUGACCCAUCAGUUUAUCAGCCUGAUAAAGAGCUCAGUGUGAAUAUCAGAGACUCGGCUAUUCUACGAUGUUGUAUUAUAGAUAAAGAAGUUGGGUUGAUGGUCUGGUUUAAGCAAACAUACAGAAAAAAACCUCAGAUUAUAGUAUCAGUAUUUAAAAGUGGUGGAGCAGUGUUUCACACUGGAUUCCAAAAGUCUCGGUAUUGGAUAGAACGUUCUUCAAACUGCUGCAAAAUGAUAAUUUUAAGCGUCAUUCAGUCUGAUGAAGCCAUGUACUACUGUGCAGUGACGAGACCCAACCUUGUGUUUGCAGAUGGAACUUAUUUAAAGAUUAAAGGUGAGAAUUUUACUAUAGAAUCAGAAACAUCUAAACCAGCUGUGAGUGAUAAUUCAGUGGUGUGUGAACCAACCACUGCUAACGACACUAACAUGAACACACAAGACAAAACAGUAUCAGAAAUGAACAGAUCUCUACAUUGGACAGUGUUCGGUUUGGGAACGGCUUUGGGUUUGUGCGCACUUCUGAUUUUCUGUCUCACUUAUUACAUACUGAGGAGAAUAAUAAAUGACAAUUGUAGAUUAAAUGCUUCUACAGAAAACUGUGUGGAAAUGAGGCAGGAAUCUGAAACGGAAACACUGAAUUAUGCAGCUUUACAAUUCUCUAAGAAGAAAGCCAAAGCUGGAAGAAAGGAUACUUCACUGGAUACCCUGUGUGUGUACUCCGAUGUGAACAAAGCUAUAAAAUAUAAUGUAAAUGCUUCAUAACAAGUGGUAUAUUUCUUAAUUAUAGGAUUGAUUUUUUCAAUGAGAUUAAAAUGAUUCAAAUUGAAUUGCAACAAAACAUUCACUAUUUUUUAACUGUUGUUUUUUUUGUGGCCUCAUUUGUAUGAUUUACUUUUGCUGAAGACAUAUAGAUGCCAUUUCAUUAAAGAUUUAUCAAACCUUUCUCUAAAACAUUAAUCUAAAGCUUUUGAAUCACGUUUCAAACAUAUUUUACAUUACCCAAACAGGAAAGAUGAAUUCUUUCAGAA